GGGCGCAGCCGAACCUCUGUGGGACAUGGCCCGCUGUGGGGAGGGCGCUGCGGCUCCCGGGGUACUUCUGGGGUCCCCUAGAGUUUGCAGUAAGGGGUUGCAAAGGAAGGGUCCCUGUGAACGGCGCCGGCUGAAGGCGACGGUGUCGGAGCAGCUCAGCCGGGAUCUGCUCAGGCUUCUAAGGGAAGAAAUCCAUACCGAUAUUACUUUCUCUGUAGGUUGUACUUUGUUCAGAGCACACAAAGCAAUCCUGUUAGCCAGGGCUCCUGACUUCUAUUUUCACACUGUUGGACAGACAUCAAAUAAUUUAGCAAAUCUUGAGCCUGUUGCUGUGGAGAACUUUGAAACUUCAGAAUUUAGCACAUUUUUACAGAUUGUAUACUCAUCAAACAAAAAUAUAAAAGACUAUGAAGAGGAAAUUCUUAAGAAAAAGAUAGUGGAGAGUGGGUUACCACAAAAGAAACAAGACUUCAAUUUUCAAAAUUGUGCUAACGAUGAUGAAAAACCGCCUGUGCAGCUCUUAGAUAAUCAUGACUUGGAACCUGCAUCUGAAUUGGGAGAAGAUUUAUUGAAACUUUAUAUGAAACCUUGUUGUCCAGAUAUUGAUAUUUAUGUUGAUGGAAAAAGUUUUAAAGCACACAGGGCCAUUUUAAGUGCCAGAUCUUGUUAUUUUGCUGCAAUGCUGAGUGGCUGUUGGGCUGAAAGCUCCCAAGAGUACAUUACUCUUCAAGGUAUAAACCAUGUGGAAAUGAAUAUUAUGAUGUAUUUUAUUUAUGGAGGAACUUUGGACUUUCCAGACAAUGCUAAUGUUGGCCAGAUACUCAAUAUGGCUGAUAUGUAUGGACUGGAAGGAUUAAAAGAAGUAGCAAUCUAUGUUUUAAGGAGAGAUUACUGUAACUUCUUUCAGAAGCCUGUUCCCAGAAGUUUGACAUCUAUACUGGAAUGCCUGAUUAUUGCUCAUUCAGUUGGAGUGGAAAGUCUUUUUGAUGACUGCAUGAAAUGUAUUGUAAAGCAUUUUGCAAGAUUUUGGUCUGAGAGAAGCUUUGCAAAUGUACCUCCUGAGAUUCAGAAAAGUUGCCUUAAUAUGCUGAUUCAGUCCUUAGUAAGUAUAACUUAA